AUGAGCGGAAAGGGCUGCCAAAUCCUAGUCUCGCCAUGCACUGUGUCCCCACCACUGCAGAGGACGAGAGGGCACCAGUCCCAGGCCAUCAAGGUGCCUGGGUCUUCCCCUCAGUGGGGUGGGCUUCACUUCUCAGGUGCAGAUGGUGGGAAGCAGAACGCUAGCCACCAAGCCCUGCCGAGCCUGAGCCUCCGCAGGAAGGUGCUGACAAAUGGGAAGCAGGACGUCAAGCCGACAACAUUGCUCCUCCAGCAAAAUGUGACCAUUCCAGGCGGCCCUUCUAAGAAAGCAGGUUAUGCUGGUUUUAGACCUCCCAUUGAAGUUCUCGGGCAUUCUGCGGGUUCAAACCUCAAAGUAACCAGUGUUCCGAUGUCACUUAUCCCUAGUCUUCAGUACGAUGUCGCAUCUAAUCCCCAACCUCUGGAUGCCAGGUCAGUGCUCUCCAGAGGAUCCCUGGCAUCCACCACCCUUAGUCUGUUUGAAACCCAGUCAGUGUUUAGCGGACGAAAUGACUGGCCAUUUGGCUAUCGCGUGCUCCUCCCACUGGGACAGGCACCAUGUUCCACCCUGGCCAGCGAGCUGCCCAGCCUCCCACCUGGCACAGCAAUGUCUGGUGCUGAGGUUACUGGAAGCACAAGCGCUUCAUCCUCCCUUCCGUCGUACCUUUUCGGGGGUGAUGCUGGCAGCCCUAAACAGAAUAAUGCAAAGAAGAGAGCUCUUUCUAUGUCGCCUUUGUCAGAUGUGAUGGGCAUUGAUUUCAAUUCCAUCAUACGCACUUCACCUACUUCGCUAGUGGCUUAUAUAAAUAGCUCACCUGCCUCGCACCCCACAAUCUCGCCUGUACAGUCUGAGGGCUAUGGCCACUUCCUGGGUGUGCGAGGCUCUAAUAUUCCCCAGGUUUACCCCUACCCUCACCCAGACACUUCGCUUGCACUGCCUGCAAAGGCCGAAAUCAGUCAAAGAAAAGUUCAAGAAGAGGCUCUGGAGAAUCAAAUGUCUAACAUGGUAGUCGAACAGCAGUGCCUUCAAAACUCAAAUGAAACAUGUUCACAAAGAAGUAUUUUUGAAACGUGUAGAGAAGAGACUGACAACAAGAUGCUACCUCAGCAGCUGCAAUUGCCUCCACUGCCAAGUGAGGAAGCUACUGUUCCUGAGGUACCUCCACCACCCUACCACUCCCACCGGGACAUCCAGCUUCAAAGAAGUCACCAAAAUAUAAAGAUUCAAGAAGACCAGAGUCUCGUCAUUCCACCUCGACAUGGACUUAGCUUUUUACCACUGAUUCCAAUGCUGGAGCAAGUAGAGGGCGAGUUGGAAGACUUUGGUGCGCAUAGCUGCUUGUGGAUGAACUGCAGCACAGUCUGCCACCAAAGGGACGAACUUGUGAGGCACAUAGAAAAGCUUCACGUAGACCAGAGGAAGGCAGAGGACUUCAUAUGCUACUGGGCGGGCUGUCCACGCAAACUCAAACCUUUCAAUGCCCGUUACAAGCUUCUGAUCCACAUGAGGGUCCAUUCAGGAGAGAAGCCCAAUAAGUGCAUGUUCAAGGGCUGCAAGAAGGCCUUCUCUCGCCUAGAAAACCUGAAGAUCCACCUGCGCAGUCACACGGGGGAGAAGCCUUACCUGUGCCAGCACCCGGGGUGCCUCAAGGCCUUCAGCAACUCCAGUGACAGAGCCAAGCACCAGCGCACCCACCUGGACACAGUGAGUGACACAUUUGCAACAGGUUGUGUGACAUUAAAAAGUUAUUAAAAUAGCUACUUUGGUACGUGCUUUUAGAAACCAUAUGCCUGCCAAGUUCCAGGUUGUGCAAAGCGCUACACUGACCCCAGUUCUUUGAGGAAGCACAUCAAGUCCCACUCUACUGCAGAGAGACAGCUAUGGAAGAAGAUAAAAUCCAAAGCUGAUGUAAGCCAGGAGCCUCUGACAGACUGUUUAUCCAUUCACCAUCUGCACCCCAGCCUCUCUCCACCAGCCAUGAGAAACAACUUAAUAGCAUCCUCCACAGCCUCUCGCGAGCCAUGCAAAACUGUUCCACAUGGAGGAAUGCCCCCCCAAAAUCCCCACGCGGCUCUCAUGUGUACCCUGCAAGAAAAUCAGAGGUUUGUUGAUGCUCCCCCCUGCCAGCUAUACUGCAACGACCCAUGCUCGCCACUCACACGCCUCCCGCAUCCUGCCAGCGGCACAUGUGAUGCGCACAGUUGCACUUCUGGGCCCGCAGCAGACCACAGCCCAAAUCUCUUAGAGGGGAUGGAGGUGCUUUUUCCCUACGACGGGAUUUCAGCGGAAGCCGAGUCCAAUCACCUCUUGAGAGUGGACACCUUCAGAGGUAGCAGGGCCUGCAACACAGGACCUGAUAUCCAAGGGUCAGGAGGCAACUUUUUGAGCAUGAUGGAUCCCCAUGCAAGCCAAGUGCGCCGUAACAACACAAAGGAGUGA